AUGUCGCACGACCACGGAAGCCACGGAUCUGACGCGAGCAGCAUGGCGAGCAGCAUGUCCGACAUGGGAGAUCAGUUCUGCAACGGAGACGGGACGGUCAUGCUCAUGGGAUUUCAGUCGGCUACCAGUGCCAGCGUGAACUGCAUCCUCUUCCUGUUCGAGGGAGCCGGAGUAGACACCAAGACAAAGUACGCCUUCGCGGCACUCGGGGCCUUCUUCAUGGGCUUCGCAAAUGAGAUGAUCCGGUACGGACGCGAUAGAAUGGCCAAGACUUCGGACGUAUCCCUCGCGUCAGACUUGAAGAUGACCGCCGCGUUCGCGGUGCAGAUAUACCUGGCCUACAUGCUCAUGCUGCUGGUGAUGCUCUACGAGUACGUGAUCCUCAUCAUGAUCAUUUCGGGCCUCGCGACGGGGCACCUGCUCACCCUCCGGUGGUCCGCCGGUCGACGUCGGGCGGCCCUCCGCGACGCGGGCGCCAAGACUCCGCCAGAAGUGAUGGGCAGCUCGGGCACGCCGUGCUGCAACACGGACACGGUCGCAUAA